UCAACGAAAACAAAAAGAAAAAACAAUUCCCCAACGGAGAAAAGGGCAGACUCGGAACCAGAACAGCCCAUUAAAUGAAAAUGAAAUGAAAAUUUAGAACCCUAAAGACCGCAACCCUCCUCCGUCCGUUCUCAAAGUCAGGUCUAGACCCUUCCUCCUCUCUCAAGCCCUCCCUCUCUAGCUGUAACUGCAAAUUCUGUGCUUCGCUUUCUGUUUUUCAAUAAUAAUAAUAACAAGUAGCAGUACAUAGCAGUGGAUGGGUAAAUAAAAGAAAACAAAUAAAUGAUGAUCCACAUAAUCAGACGAGGAUCCGCUCGAUCCACUAUUUCUAAGGUGUUUGAUGAGGUGGCCAAUGCCAUACAUGGGGCGAAUAUGCAGUGGCGUGCAAGGUCAUAUGCCGCGUCGGUUCCUUCUCACAUGCCAAAAAGUCACAAAGCUCAGAAGAGAGUUUCCAAAGAUGACCGGCGAGCUAUGGUGGAAUCUUAUGUAAACAAGUACAGGGAAACACAUGCUGGAAAAUCUCCAUCCAUUUCUGGUGACCGUCUCUAUUUUGCUAGGAAAGCUUUUAAAGAACUAGAUAUAGAAUCAAUGUUUUCAUCCUCAAACAGUGGAAACAAGAGCGUUUUAGGAAAGGAGCUUCCUAUCGUGCGUGAGCCGUUGGUUAAAGUUAAGAACAUGUCACCUGGAGGUGCAAUGUCAGAUAUGAGAACUCAAUGUGACCCACGUGCAGUUCCUCUCAAUGAUGUAGGUGACACAAGCUACAGAUAUCUAGAAGUGGAGGGAGGGCUGCAAACUUGUGAGAAGAUGGUCUCUCAAGAGUUUGGAAACCCCAUUUCUCCUGUACAGGGAAACACAUGCUGGAAAAUCUCCAUCCAUUUCUGGUGACCGUCUCUAUUUUGCUAGGAAAGCUUUUAAAGAACUAGAUAUAGAAUCGAUGUUUUCAUCCUGAAACAGUGGAAACAAGAGCGUUUUAGGAAAGGACCUUCCUAUCGUGAGGGAACCGUUGGUUAAAGUUAAAAAGCCUGUCAUCUGGAGGUGCAAUGCCAGAUAUGAGAAGUAAAAACUGCCGUUGAAUACCUUUUGAUCUAAUGCUGCAAAAACUGUCAUGACAAUUCUCCAUGUUCUUGCGAUGCUGCUCUUCGGAGUUUCUUAAAUAUUGCAGAAGCAGUCGUCAAAAGAUCUUUGACUUGUUUGAUGAUGUUUUCUAACCUUCCAUUUUUUCAUGUUUGAUUACACAUUAAAAUAAUUAGUAGACAAAAUUGCUCAAA